AUGUUAUCAAGUAAAGAUCAUUAUAAGACCAAUGGUGAUGAUGAUGAUGAUGAUGAUGAUGAUGAUGACUAUCUUUCGUUCGAACGUGUUAGUAUAAGGUGUAAAGAUGAUAUCCCACCUGACUAUUCUCAACUUGAUUCAUAUCCUUCAAAUGGCAUCAUUAAUCAAAAAUCCAGUCAUGAUGAUCAAACAGAAAAUGGUUCAUACAAUAUUUCAUCAACUGUGGCAAUCCGUUCAAAUGUAUCAAACUUACAAAAAAAAAAAAUUGAUAUACCAAUAUUACAAGCAGGACGUGGUACUGUACAUUGGUUUAAAUCUAUUGAAUUCAAUUUUUUGUUAUUCUUUUUUUUAGCUGGUGAACAAACAGUAGUUUACACAAAUCAUUUUUCAAUUAAAUUUGGUAAACCAGCAAAUGAAGUAAUUAUCUAUCAAUAUGAUAUUAACGUGAAAAUUUUAAUGAGUGACGGUUCAUGGCGUACAUGUAUAAAAGAUGAACGUUUAGAAGCUCUUCAAAAACUCAUUAAAGAAGAACAUUUUCCAUUGGUUUGGUAUGAUGAUGAAAAAAAUUUAUAUGCUGCCAAAAGUUUAAUAUCAACAUUCACCAAAGAUUAUGAAUUUGAAAUUGAUCAUAAUGCAAUUGACAAAAAUAAUAAAUUUCGAUGUUCAAUUAGUCUGGUCAAAACAUAUGAAUUAAAAAAUAUUUUUAAUGUUAUUCAAGAACGAAAAUCAACGCAACUAGAUGAUCAAGUUAAAAUAUUUGAUGUAUUAUUUAAACACAUACAAAGAUCUAACAUGAUUACCAUUGAAAAUGAAUUAUAUCCAAAAUGUCAACUCUUGAAUGACCUAGGUGAUGGACGAGGAAUAGGAUCAGGAUUUUAUCAAGCAAUUGUUUUUGGUGAACGUGGUCCAACAUUGAAUAUUAAUAAUAUAUAUCGCUGUUUUUAUCAAAGUUACAAUUUAAUUAAAUUUAUCUCUUGUUAUUUAAAUUAUGAUAUUCAACUAUAUGGUAUUUUACCAGAAGAUCAUACAUUAUUAAUUGAAAAUAUUCUGAAGUUUCUUUGGUUUGUAAUAAAAUCUUCAAAUAAAAUUUGUCAAUAUCGUUUAAAAUCAUUUGGUUGUUCAGCAAGUGAACAUAAAUAUGCUAUAGAUGGAACUAAACAAAUAACAGCUGUUGAUUAUUUUCAUGAUAAAUUGCAAAUACAUUUACGUCAUCCACAUUUACCUGUUGUUGAAAUAUAUAAUCCAAAUGAUGAAAAUCAAUCAUAUAUUUUACCAAUGGAAUUAGUUAAUGUUGAUGAAGGACAAACAAUUUUGCAAUCACUCACAGCUGAACAAUAUGCUAAAAUAAAAAAAAAAACUGUUGUUAGUCCUGGAGAACGUUAUAAAAUGAUUCGACGUAUUGUUAAUGAACGUCGAUUUAAUCAAGAUCUAUAUCUGAAACAGUUUGGUAUUACUGUUAAUACUGAUGAAAUGGUAAUGUUACCAGCUCGAAUCUUAUCACGAGCAGAAAUUAAAUAUAAAUCAUUAAAUGAUGGUUCAUAUGGUGAUGUUAUUGAAAGUAUACAAAUUGGUAAAUGGUGUUUAAAUAAUCGUUUUAAUAAAACAUAUGAAAUACGUACAUGGGCUGUUGUUUUUGUUAGUUCACAUAAACCAGAUUCUCAACAAAUUGAUUUAACAAGAAAAUUUGCUCAAAGAAUUUCCGAGGCAAUGUCAAAAUAUGAUAUUCGAUUUAAUUCAUCACCGAUUGAAAAGUCUAUUGCAGCUGUACCGAAAACAAUUAUACUUCAUAUGAAAGAACUCCGAAAGCAAAAAUGUAAAGUUAUCUUUUAUAUUCUAUAUAAAACUGGUGAUUGCAUUUAUCAUCUGAUGAAAGCUUUGGAAUAUUGGAAAAAUAAUGGUCUAGUAAUUCGAACUAUAGAUUUUAAACACCUUGAAUCAAAAAGUACUUCUACAAUAGAUAAAUAUUUCGCAAAUUUGGUUGACAUUUUAAAUACCACAGCUGAUGGUAUCAAUCAACUCGUAUCAUCAAUAUGGUCAUUAACAUCACCAUCAGCUCAACAUGAUAUAUUUAUGUUUUUUGGUAUUGCUUGUACUCAUAUAACAUAUUCAUAUGAACAACCACCAAUCACUACUAUUAUUGGAUCAAAAGAUUCAACAGGUAGAAUAUAUACUAACCCUAUACAAUUUUCACCACAAGAAAAAGUUUCACUUAAAUUUAUCAAUGAACUUCAUAUUUAUGUUCGUCAAUUAUUAUGUGAAUUUUCUAAUUAUAAUUCUUGUUUGCCAAACAAAUUGGUUCUUUAUCGGGCUGGUGUUGAUGAUGGAUCAUCUGAAAAAAUACUUAACAAUGAAUUACCAGCUAUUCGACAAGCAUGUCAAGAAAUAUAUGGUCAUAAUUCAUUACCUAAAAUUUGUUUUAUUGUUGUUAAGAAUAAUCAUAAUACCUAUUUUUUUACUUUCAAUAAGCAAUCUAAUCAAGCAAAUAGUGUUCAACCAGGAACAGUUAUUGAUACGGAUAUUGUCUUACAAAAUGGUUUUCAUUUUUAUCUCAAUUCCAAUACGACUAAAAGUACAUCACAACCAACAUUUUAUGAAGUAUUAUAUAACGAUAUUGGCUUUACAUCAAAUGAUAUUCAACAAUUAACGUAUUAUUUAUGUCAUACUGACGUUGAAGAUACAGAUAUUACACCUGUGCCAGCACCAAUUCACUAUGCAACACGUGGUGUCAUAUGUGAUGAUGUGCACACGAAUGAAAGUGUUAAUAGACGAUUUGAUAGGAUUGUGAAAGAUCCUAUUUUUACAACAUAUUUAAAUUUGACAGUGCCUCCUUAUGGUUCACUUGACUUUACUGAUCCAAUACUUGAUCGAUUUUGUUCAAAAAUUUUACCUUAUAUUCAAAAUAAAAUUGAAUGGAUCGAUGUUGAACCAUUGUCAAUGGAGCGUAUUCUUCAUUCAAGGAUUUAUCCAAGAUUAUACGGCCUUGGUUUAAUUAAAUUUUCAUCCAAUAAAGCUCGAAAUCUAUUUACUGAUGGAAAUUUUUUCAUUCAAAACUUCAAAUAUCAAAUUUCAUCGCUUGUUGUUCGUAUUAAUAAAUGUGAAGAACCGAAAACAAUCAAAAAUACAAAUAUUUUCAUAUAUACACAAAUCUUGACUAAUUUCAUUAAUUUAAAAUCUUUAAAUUUCAAUCCAACUCCAGCUAUUGAAUAUUAUCGAUUAGCAUUUGGUGCAUCACCUCCAAAUAUUUCUUCAUCAAUUCUAUUACAUUUGCGUGUUGUCGUUGAAUCUUAUGAAGAUUGUCUCUAUUUACUUGAUGGUCGACUCCAUUGUCUUCAAACAUUUUAUGUUACCAUUAUUUGUUCAUCUAAUAGUCUUGCAUCUCCACUAAUCAAUAAUAGAAGAAUAAUUGGGCAUUUACAAAGUUUUGUGUUAAUUCUUAAAUCAGUGUUAUUGUCUUACAAUAAUUUUCUUAUUCCACUUUUACAUCGAAUGAUAAACUUAGAAGAACUUAAUUUAUGUUUUAUCAGUCAUAAUACAUCAAUUAUAGAUGGUAAUGAUUUAGAAAUGAAUAUUAUGAAUUAUAUGACUAAAUUAAAGAUAUUUAAAUUUAAUAUUCAUUCCAUAAUUCCUUUUAAUAAUCAAAUUAAUUUACCAUCAAAUGAAUAUAUUCAACAUACAUUUAAAAAUUUUAUAAAUAAAAAUCAAAUUAUUUCAUCAAUUGAUUCUUUUCCAAAAGCAAAUCAAUUUCAUUGUCAUAUUUAUUCAUGUCCAUAUAUAUGGUUGGAUUAUAAUAAUAUAACAAAUAAUUUUCGUGAUGGAUCAUUUGAAUCUGUUCGUAAACUCUCAUUAGUUGAUGAACGUCCUUUUGAACAUGAAUUUUUUCUUCGAAUUGCUAAAUCAUUUCCAUCUGUCCGAAGAUUACAUGUACAUAAUCGAGAACCACAAAAGAAUAAAAAUCAACAAUGGUCAAUUAUUGAAUAUCCUUAUCUUAUUGAACUUAAUCUUCUUCAAACUCAUGACAAUUAUGUCGAACAAUUUUUGAAUAAUAAUAAACUAUCUUUGGUAAAAAAUAUCUCUCUUCAUGUGGAUUAUAAUACUUUACAAAAAUUAACAGACAAUUUUACAAGUGAUACAACACGACUAAAUUGUUCCAAAAUGAAGUAUCUAACGUUAUAUAAUCAACCACAAAUUUGUUCUCCAAAUUUUAAAGACUAUUUUGCUCAUGCAGAACUCUGGUGA